CUCCAUCAUUCAAUCAAUUGCUUGCUGGACUGCGACUGCGACAGCCCGCCCGCCCGCACGCACGCAGCUAAAGUAAGAACGAACGACGCGAUCGACGCGCUUCCCUUGAACCAAGAACCCCCCGUAUUCGAAUGCGAAGCGAUCCAUACAACGAAAAACAGAAGCACCGAAUCUGCGAAAUAAUACGAACACGUAUUACAGAAAACUGGGAGAAGUGAUAGCAAGUUGAAUUUGGUAUCACAGAAAACAGAAGACAAGACAGCAGAAGAGUCACAGACAGACAAGAUGCAGCCCCAAUACCGUGGAUAUGCACCAGGACCACAUGCACAACAACCACCGGGUCACCAUCAAGUUGGACUGCCGCAAGGACCGCCGCAACAACACACACAGGUCCCUUUGCCUCCGCAGGCAGCGGGUGGUCAUCAUCCAGGGCCGGGAGGACCGAGAGGAGGACAGCAUCAUGUCCCACAACCGAGGAGAGGGGGGAUUGGGCCCAUGAUGUCGGCCGGUCCUGCUCACCACCAACUGCCCAUGACCCAGGCGCAAAUCCAACAAGAAUCACACCGUCGCGAGGCCGUCAACCACCUGGCCAAGCUCCGGAGUCGCAAACCUACCGACAAGACCCUGCCCGAUGGCGUCGAGGAGACUUUGGUCGGCGAGGGCGAUGUCGCUAUUGCUUACAAGAAGCUACGCGAUUUCGAGCGGCGGCUGGAUGCUACCAUGAGUCGCAAGAGGUUGGAUAUUGUGGACUCGGUCAGCAGGAAUGCAAAGCGGUACAAGACACUCCGCGUUUGGAUCACCAACACCGUCGAAGACCAGUACUGGCAAAAUAACAACUUCAACGUCGACAGCUUCGACUUCCCCUCCAACCUCGAAUCCACAUACCGCGUCAAGAUCGAAGGCCGAUUACUCGACGACGAAGACGAGACCACAAAGGAUGAGGAGGAUGGGGACAAGAUGGAUACAACCGAAGACAACGCCAAGACAGCAACAAAGUCUGGAGCGAAACCCGUCCCCGCUAAGCCCGGCCAGCGCUACCGCUUCUCGCACUUCUUCAAAGCCCUCACAGUCGACUUCGACCAGCCCACCGCCUCGGGCCGUCUCCCCGUCGACACCACCUCGAUAGAAUGGAAGAAACCCGAGCGCACGCCCGCCGGCUCCAACCUUCCCGCCUCGGCCGACUUCGACGAGCUGACCUUCAAGCGCCACGGGGACGAGAAUGUUAACAUCACCAUCAACCUCUACCGCCACGAAGACCCGGAGCGCUACGAGCUCUCACCCGAGCUGUCGGACGUGAUCGACAUGAGCGAGGCCACGCGCCAGGAAGCCGUCGCCGGCUUGUUCGAGUACAUUAAGCUGAUGAAGCUGCAAGAAGACGACGAGAAGCGCAACUUUCGGUGCGACGAACUGCUACAGAAGUUGAUCGGGAGAGAGUCGGGACACAUUCCCCAGCUGAACGAAUACGUCACCCCCCACUUGAGACCGUUGCCGCCCAUCAAGCUGCCUUAUACCAUCCGUGUGGACCAGGAGUUCCAUUCUGCGCUGGACGCUCCCAAACCGACAAUCUACGACAUCCGUGUCUCCGUCGACGACCCCCUGCGCUCGAAGCACUUGGUGCCCUUCAUCCACAACCCCUCCUACGCUCAAACUCUCCGCGAAAUCCAUCAGCUGGACGAGUCCCUGGCAGUCCUCAUCCAAGCCGUCGGCGACUCCAAGGCUAAACACACGUUCCUGACGUCUAUGGCCACCGACCCCGUCGGCUUCGUCAAGAACUGGUUGUCGAGCCAGAAGCGGGAUCUGGAGGUGAUUAUGGGCGAGGCGACGAGGGCCGGAGCGGCGGUGGAAGAUCCGGUGGGAGAUGAGUGGAGGAGGGGUGGGAAGGGGAGUGUUUGGGAUACGAGCAAUGCAGUGUUAGGAGUGCAGCAGAGGGAGAAAGUGGAGAACGUUGUCUCGUUACCUUCAGGUUCGUUCCCAGGGCAGUCAGUAGUAGUAGUCUUGGGACUUCUUAAAGUCGUCGGGUAUGAGACGGAGACGGAGACGGGACGACGGAGCGGACAAGACAGAAGAGACAAUGGAGGGAAAGGGAAAAAAGAGUAAGGGUAGCUUAGCUUAGCUUAGCUUAGCUUAGCCCCUGAGCGGCGGAAAUGGCGUAUGAAAGAAAGUAAGUAACAAAGCGAUGUCGAUACCUGGCUGCUGGGUCUUUAUAAAGGUGUGGUUUGGUUCGGUUUGGUUUGGUUUGUUUGUGAGUGUAGAAAGAAUAGUUCGGACGGACAGAAUUGUCAGGUUAAGUAGCGCAUCUAUAUUAGGUUUACGAUCCAACAGUAGAUACAAGUAUGUAUGUAUGGUAGACAGUACAGAAGAG